AUGGCCGCGCUCCGCGCAGCGCUCGCGGCCUCGCUCGCGGUCGCCCGCGCCCGGCCGCCGCCCCUCGCCUGCCGUCCGCCUCCCGCCCGCUGCUCCGCGUUGGCCGGCGCCAUGGAGCCCGCGCCCCGCUGGCUGGCCGGGCUGCGCUUCGACAACCGCGCCCUGCGCGCGCUGCCGGUGGAGACGCCGCCGCCCGGUCCCGAGGGCGCCCCGUCCGCGCCGCGGCCGGUGCCCGGCGCCUGCUUCAGCCGCGCGCGGCCCGAACCCCUGCGGCGGCCGCGAGUCGUGGCGCUGUCGGAGCCCGCGCUGGCGCUGCUGGGCCUGGGCGCGCCGCCCGCCGCCGCCGCCGCCCGCGAGGCGCGCGAGGCCGAGGCCGCGCUCUUCUUCAGCGGCAACGCGCUGCUGCCGGGCGCCGAGCCCGCCGCUCACUGUUACUGCGGCCACCAGUUCGGCCAGUUCGCGGGGCAGCUGGGCGACGGCGCCGCCAUGUACCUGGGAGAGGUGUGCACCGAGGCCGGCGAGCGCUGGGAGCUGCAACUCAAGGGCGCGGGGCCCACGCCCUUCUCCAGACAGGCCGACGGCCGCAAGGUGCUGCGCUCCAGCAUCCGCGAGUUCCUGUGCAGCGAGGCCAUGUUCCACCUGGGCAUCCCCACCACGCGGGCCGGUGCCUGCGUCACGUCCCAGUCCACCGUUGUGCGUGACAUCUUCUACGACGGGAACCCCCGGCCCGAGCCAUGCGCCGUGGUGCUGCGCCUGGCCCCCACGUUCCUCAGGUUCGGAUCGUUCGAGAUCUUCAAGCCCAGAGACGAGCACACGGGCCGCGCAGGCCCCAGCGUGGGGAGGGACGACAUCCGGCUGCAGAUGCUCGACUACGUCAUCAGCACCUUCUACCCCGAGAUCCAGGCCACUCACCCUGGGGACCCUGUGCAGAGGCACGCCGCCUUCUUCCGGGAGGUGACUCGGCGCACGGCCCGGCUGGUGGCUGAGUGGCAGUGCGUGGGCUUCUGCCACGGCGUGCUCAACACGGACAACAUGAGCAUCGUGGGGCUCACCAUCGACUACGGGCCCUUCGGCUUCCUGGACAGGUACGACCCUGAUCACGUGUGCAACGCCUCCGACACCGCCGGGCGCUACGCGUACAGCAAGCAGCCUGAGGUGUGCAAGUGGAACCUGCAGAAGCUGGCCGAGGCCCUGGACCCCGCGCUGCCCCUCGAGCUGGCCGAGGCCAUCCUGGCGGAGGAGUUCGAUGCCGAGUUCAGCCGGCACUACCUGCAGAAGAUGCGCCGGAAGCUGGGCCUCAUGCAGACCGAGCAGGAGGGGGAUGGCGCCCUGGUGGCCCAGCUCCUGGAGACCAUGCACCUGACCGGGGCUGACGUCACAAACUCCUUCUACUUGCUGAGCUCCCUCCCGGCCGCGCCCGAGCCCCCAGACCUGGAUGAGUUCCUGGCCGCGCUGACUGCACAGUGUGCCUCCCUGGAGGAGCUGAGGCUCGCCUUCCGACCCCAGAUGGAUCCCCGGCAGCUGUCCAUGAUGCUCAUGCUGGCGCAGUCAAACCCGCAGCUCCUGGCGCUCAUCGGCACGCGGGCGAGCCUGGCUCGGGAGCUGGAGCGCGUGGAGCAGCAGUCUCGGCUGGAGCAGCUGAGCGAGGCGGAGCUGCACGUCAGGAACAGGAGCACCUGGGCCGCGUGGCUCGGCGACUACAGGGCCCGGCUGGAGAAGGACCGGGAGGCCAGCAGCGACGCGGCCGCCUGGCAGGCUGAGCGGGUGCGCAUUAUGCGCGCCAACAACCCCAAGUACGUGCUGAGGAACUACAUCGCGCAGGGCGCCAUCGAAGCUGCGGAGAGUGGCGACUUCUCGGAGGUGCGGCGGGUGCUGAAGCUGCUGGAGACACCUUACGGCGGGGAGGUGGAGGCCGCCGAGCCCGAGGAGGCCAGCGAGGCGGCCGAGCCCCGCGGGGCAGCCGACCGGCGGCGCUCCUAUAGCAGCAAGCCCCCGCUCUGGGCGGCGGAGCUGUGCGUGACGUGA